AUGCACAUAGCUGUCCCCCAAAAAGAUCCGGACGAAGAGAAUGAACCAUCAUGGCGAAUUACCGUCAAUCCAUCUGCAGAACUAUUUGGAUCACAACGACUUCGUCAACUCAUCGAUAGACUCUAUCAUCAGCAAAAAUUGCUAAGUGCAAGUGAUGCAAAACAGGCAUGGAUUAUAUCUUUUUUUUUCCUCUCACGAUUUCAUAAGUGCAUCAGUGCUAUUUUCCCUUGA